AUGGGUUCGGUAUCGGUUGUUGUCGUAGGUGCAGGCAUCGCUGGCCUAGCGUCCGCAGAUCGUCUUUUGACAUCGAUCUCUGAAAGUAGACCGGAUCUAACUAUCAACGUUACUGUACUAGAAGGUAGCGACAGAGCAGGUGGCAGGAUCCGCACUCACGUGUUCGGUGAUGAAAUUGUCGAACUAGGAGCGACGUGGCUGCAUGGAACGGUGAAUAAUCCUCUCUACGACCUACUGAAACACUUCAGAUCAACAACAGUGACAGGAACAUCAUUGUCAUUGCCUGCAGGAUUGAGCAUUUGCCCAAGGGUAUCCCGUAAUGCCUUGAUAAAACAGAAAUGGAUAGGUUUCCAAACAAAGGGUCACUCAAUUGCCCCCUUUCUUGUAGAUGAGGCUAAUGCAUUAUAUAACCGUCUGUUGGACGAAUGCAAUCAGAUGGCUCUAAAUCCAUUUCCUCCCUCUUGUUUGGAUGUUGGUAGUUACAUGAAAAUGGGUUUGGAAGAGUAUAUGAGGAGCAAACAUUCACCGAAACAGCUAGAGUGCAAACACUUGGUUGAGAGUGUAUUCAACUACAGAAUGACAGGAGAGACUGUUAUGUCAGGCUGUGACAGUAUGGAUGAAGUAUCGUUGCACUGGUUUGGCGACUACCGAGAACUUCGUGGUGGGGACAGGCGUGUGGACGAAGGAAUGAAUGUCUUGGUAGAUGGGUUAGUAGCAAGACUCCCAAAGAAUUGCAUCUUCUUCAACAGCAUUGUUGAUAAAAUAUGCUGGUCUAAAGACACAACUUCGAAAAAGAAACCUGUAACAGUGUACACGAGAAACGGUAAAAGUUAUGAGGCCGAUCAUGUUAUUUUUACUGGCUCACUGGGUGUUCUAAAGCACCGAGGACUAGACAAUAGUUUUUCUGGCCUGUUUGACCCGUCACUACCUGAAGAAAAGCAGAGUGCCAUUAACAGACUAGGUAUGGAUGCUGUGGAAAAAGUGUUUGUCAGAUUUGAAAGAAGGUUCUGGCCUGAACAGUGUAGAGGCUACAACUUUUGUUGGCCUAUUCAAGAUAAAUCGAGUAAAUUUUAUAACGACACAGAUUUUUCUUGGAUGAAGAAAGUUGUUGGGCUUUGCAGUAGGUACUCUAACUCACCAGUCAUGUCUGGUUGGAUCACUGGAAAGGAGGCAGUCAAGAUGACUUCUGAAUCUAGUCAUGCUCUAAAUCAAAAAUUCGAUGAUCUAAUGGAGUACUUUGUCCAUCAAUCGGAAAUUCCUGAGGUUGUUGAAGUUUUACACACCGAUUGGUGUAGAAACGAGCUAUUUCAAGGUGCCUACAGUUACCCUGCUGUUGGAUGUUCACCUAAGGAUUUUGACACUUUAGCUCAACCUCUUCCUGCUCCACCGUCCUCGACAAAUAAUGAUGUGAAGACCCCACAACUACAACUCUUGUUUGCUGGUGAAGCUACACAUCGAAACUACUAUUCAACUCUCCAUGGUGCGUACUUGACAGGAAUUAGAGAAGCCGAUAGAAUAUUUUCAUUGUAUGAACACUCAACAGAUGAAAGCUAGCUAAACAACAACCUUCAUACUUAUUAUCAGUAUUAUUAUUUUAUUUUAUUUUAUUCAAUGUAGACUAUAUAUCUCUAUCAAUGUCGUAUUUAUAACUGUACAGUAGUAUGUAGUAAUGGGUUGCUUGUGCAAUCCCACUAGAAUUUAUCAAUUAAUUGAGCUUCUCUUGU